AUGACCUCAGCAGACCGGUCCCUGGAGGACAUCCUGUACGGCCGGCAGCCGCACGGCAACGGCCCGGAGACGGGCGGCUGCCGUGGCGAUGGAGACGCAACCCAAAACGAUGGACACGCCCCCUCCUUGCAGGAGCCAAUCCUGUGUGCGGGUUGUGGCGGGCGGGUCGUGGAGCGCUUCUUCCUAUUGGCCGCGGGCCGGGCGUGGCACGGCGCCUGCCUGCGCUGCUGCCAAUGCCAUCGAGAGCUGGAGACAAGCCCCUCCCUCUACUGGAGGGGCGGCAACACCUACUGCCAGCAGGACUAUUGCAGGCUGUUUGUGAUAGGUCGAUGCGCUCGCUGCCAGCAGCCAAUCCCGUCGACCGCUAUGGUGAUGCGCUCGGGAGAGUUGACCUUUCACCCCCACUGCUUCUCCUGCCAGGAAUGUGACAUCACUCUGCUGCCUGGCAACCUCUACUUCCUGCAGGGGCGGAGCCUUUACUGUCAGUCUCAUUACCAUGGCAAUACACCCCAUAACACUACAAGUGGAAAAGAAGGGGAGGAGUCUGCCAGCAGCCCAGAGUCGCGAUUGGAUGACAGGGGGGAGUCGGCGGCCGGGGGGCGUGUCCGCCGGCAGAACAAGCGAAUCAGGACGUGCUUCCGCAGCGAGCAGCUCCGAGCGCUGGAGUCCUACUUCGCCCAGAAGCACAACCCGGACGGGAAGGACUGGACCUGUCUGGCCCACAAGACAGGCCUGCCCAAGAGGGUCCUCCAGGUGUGGUUCCAGAACGCCCGAGCCAAGAUGAGGCGCUCCGUCUCUGUUGACGACUCGCCAACCGCCUCCAGGGCCGAAACCGUGGCAACCAGCCCCCCCUCCCUCUCCCGCUCCCCCCUCUACUCCACCAGCACCAUCGACCAAUCACAGCUCUCCCUGCUAACCAACCCGCUUGACGUCCCACCCCCCGCUGACCAAUCAGGGGGUUCCAACCACUCCUUCCUCCUGGACUACAACUCCCAGGGUGCACCGGGGUGGAGCUCGCCUCUUGGGCGCUUCCAGGAAGGAGACGAACCAAUGGGGAGAGAGGGAUUGUGUGAUGACACCUUGAGACACUUCUACAGUUAG